GCGGCGGCUCCCCGGUGCCCGCGCGCGCCGCGGCGAUGCCGGACCAGAUCUCCGUGUCGGAAUUCGUGGCCGAGACCCAUGAGGACUACAAGGCGCCCACGGCCUCCAGCUUCACCACCCGCACGGCCCAGUGCCGCAACACGGUGGCGGCCAUCGAGGAGGCUUUGGAUGUGGACCGGAUGGUUCUUUACAAAAUGAAGAAAUCCGUGAAAGCAAUAAACAUCUCUGGGCUGGCACACGUGGAGAACGAGGAACAGUAUACCCAGGCUCUGGAGAAGUUCGGGGGCAACUGUGUGUGCAGAGAUGACCCAGAUUUAGGGAGUGCAUUCCUGAAGUUCUCCGUGUUCACCAAGGAGCUGACGGCGCUCUUCAAAAACCUGAUUCAAAAUAUGAACAACAUAAUCUCCUUCCCUUUGGACAGUUUGCUGAAAGGAGACCUGAAAGGAGUAAAAGGGGAUCUGAAAAAGCCCUUUGAUAAAGCUUGGAAGGACUAUGAAACAAAAAUAACCAAAAUAGAAAAGGAGAAAAAGGAACAUGCCAAGCUCCACGGGAUGAUACGGACUGAAAUAAGUGGUGCUGAAAUUGCGGAGGAGAUGGAAAAGGAGAGGCGGUUCUUCCAGCUGCAGAUGUGUGAGUAUCUGCUGAAGGUCAAUGAAAUCAAGAUCAAAAAAGGAGUGGAUUUACUCCAAAAUCUCAUCAAAUACUUCCAUGCCCAGUGCAAUUUUUUCCAGGAUGGACUGAAAGCAGUAGAGAGCCUCAAGCCUUCUAUUGAAACCCUCUCCACAGACCUUCACACGAUCAAACAGGCCCAGGAUGAAGAACGAAGGCAGCUAAUACAGCUCCGGGAUAUUUUGAAAUCAGCCUUGCAAGUUGAACAGAAGGAGGACUCACAAAUGCGCCAGAGUACAGCUUAUAGCUUACAUCAGCCUCAGGGAAACAAAGAACACGGAACAGAGCGGAAUGGCAGCCUCUACAAGAAAAGCGAUGGGAUCCGAAAAGUGUGGCAGAAAAGGAAAUGCUCAGUUAAAAAUGGUUUUCUGACCAUAUCCCAUGGUACUGCUAACCGGCCGCCCGCCAAGCUCAACCUCCUGACCUGCCAAGUGAAGACCAACCCAGAGGAGAAGAAGUGUUUUGACCUCAUCUCUCAUGACCGGACGUACCACUUUCAAGCAGAAGAUGAACAGGAAUGUCAGAUAUGGAUGUCUGUGCUGCAGAACAGCAAGGAAGAGGCACUGAACAACGCGUUCAAAGGAGAUGACAAUACUGGAGAAAAUAACAUAGUCCAGGAGCUGACCAAGGAGAUCAUCUCGGAGGUGCAGAAGAUGACGGGCAACGGCGUGUGCUGUGACUGCGGGGCACCAGAUCCCACGUGGCUUUCCACCAACCUGGGCAUUUUGACCUGCAUCGAGUGUUCUGGGAUCCACCGAGAGCUGGGGGUUCAUUACUCCAGGAUGCAGUCCCUCACCCUGGACGUCCUGGGAACAUCCGAGCUGCUGCUUGCCAAGAAUAUUGGGAAUGCAGGCUUCAAUGAGAUCAUGGAGUGUUGCCUACCAGCCGAGGACUCGGUAAAACCCAACCCUGGCAGCGACAUGAACACCAGGAAGGGCUACAUUGUGGCCAAGUACAUUGAGAGGAGAUACUCGCGGAAGAAGCACGCGGAUAACGCGGCGAAGCUCCACAGCCUUUGUGAGGCUGUGAAAACCAGAGACAUUUUUGGAUUACUCCAGGCUUAUGCUGAUGGCGUGGACCUUACGGAAAAAAUCCCUCUGGCUAAUGGACAUGAGCCGGACGAGACGGCUCUCCACCUUGCUGUCAGGUCCGUGGACCGCACUUCGCUUCACAUCGUGGACUUCCUGGUUCAGAACAGUGGGAAUCUGGAUAAGCAGACAGGCAAGGGCAGCACCGCCCUGCACUACUGCUGCCUGACCGACAAUGCUGAGUGCCUGAAGCUGCUCCUGCGGGGAAAAGCUUCCAUCGAGAUAGCAAAUGAGUCAGGAGAGACGCCCCUGGACAUUGCCAAGCGCCUCAGGCACGAGCACUGCGAGGAGCUGCUGACCCAAGCCUUGUCCGGAAGGUUUAAUUCUCACGUGCAUGUCGAAUACGAAUGGCGACUCCUUCACGAGGACCUGGACGAGAGCGAUGAUGAUGUGGACGAGAAAUUGCAGCCAAGUCCCAAUCGGCGGGAGGACCGGCCGGUGAGCUUCUACCAGCUGGGGUCCAGCCAGCUUCAGCCCAGUGCUGCGUCUUUGGCCAGAGAUGCCGCAAACCUUGCCAAGGACAAGCCGAGGGGCUUUGUGCCCAGCAUCCUGCAGAAUGAGACCUACGGGGCCAUCCUCAGCAGCAGCCCGCCUCCAUCCCAGCCCACCGCCCCCAGCACCACCAGCGCCCCCCCACUCCCACCCAGGAACCUCGGCAAAGUUCAGACAGCCUCCUCCUCAGCUAACACCUUGUGGAAGACAAACUCUGUAGGUGUGGGCGCUGUAAGCAGGCAGCGAUCUUCGUCAGAUCCGCCAGCUGUCCACCCACCGCUGCCCCCUCUUCGUGUGACAUCUACCAAUCCCUUAUCCUCUACACCACCCCCUCCUGUGGCCAAGACACCUGGGGUGCUAGAAGCCUUGAGCCAGCCAAGCAAGCCUACCCAGCCUGGGGCUGUGCAGAGCAAGCCCCCGCCCCUGCCACCCCAGCCGCCCAGCCGCCUGCCGCAGAAGAAGCCUGCACCAGGGGCUGAGAAGCCAACCCCAUUGCUCAACAAAGGCCAGCCAAGAGGACCUGAAGCUCCGGGUCCUCUGUCCAAUGCCAUGGCUCUGCAGCCCCCCGCACCCAUGCCCAGGAAGUCCCAGGCGACCAAGUCAAAGCCCAAGCGGGUGAAAGCACUCUACAACUGUGUGGCUGACAACCCGGACGAGCUGACCUUCUCUGAGGGAGAUGUGAUCGUGGUGGACGGGGAGGAGGACCAGGAGUGGUGGAUCGGCCACAUCGAUGGGGACCCGGGUCGCAGAGGAGCGUUUCCGGUAUCGUUUGUGCACUUUAUUGCUGACUGAAUCGCUACUGAACAAAGAGCCUUUCUUUAGCCAUUAUGUCCCUGUUCCGUUAUUGGUACCAAAACUCUCCCAGAUAACCAGUUCCACGGAUUGGACUGUACGCAAGCCCCGUUCUUUUCACACCACACCACUGUUCUGUUUUAAAAACUCAAAGGUAGUUUUUAUAUAUAAGUGAAUUGUUUCUAUAAUUUGUAGUUUUCAUGAAACAUUGCUACACUUUUAUUAGAAAAAGCUGAAUUUCUUUAAAGGUGAACUGAAGUUUUUUUUUUUUUUUUUGAACUACACAACCAAGAUCUUGCUAGAACUAAAACUAAAUGAAGAAAAAUGGAAUCACUUCCUGCUUUCCUUAGCCUGAUUCUGGAGGUAGUGGUCUUUAGGGCAGCUCUUUGACAGCGAGUAAACUGCGGCUUCACAGCGCCCUGCCUCCUCCCGCCCAGCUGCCUUCAUCAGAUGCCAUCAGUUCACCUUUAAAGACCCGUAUUCCCGCGAAACCCACUCAGUGUCUGUUUAAAGCAACUUGCAAACUUACACAUUCGCCUUGUACUUUCUAGCCCUACCCUGUGAGGUGCAGCUUCAUGACCUCCUGCAUGUGUGUAACCUGUUGUGAAAAAAAAUCAGCCCUAACCAAACAGUGACUUACUGCAGCAUAUGGCAAUCAUUCAUUCCUCCCGAGACAUUGUAGCAAACUGCAUUUCCUGAAUUUGGUUAAAAAAAAACUAAGGAUGAUGGAUUGCAAAACAGUUCUAGGGUUCAUAUGCUUCAGGUGUUUCAGAGUCUGCCUUCCCCAACUCCCUGUCAUCUAGAGCGGUGAGCAGCAGUAGAGGACUGUGGCCAGGCCAGGAUGCGGUGGCACAUUUCCUGCUGCUCCCGGUGCGUGCACCGCCGCCUUCCCUUGCUAGCUCCCGCAGACAUUCGUUCAGCUUAGUGUCUAGUACUUAUAUCACAUGCCCACAGGAAUGGUAGUCACACCGUCUUGAAACUCAGUGUCCAUCUGUUUGUAUUCAAGAAAUCUGUAUUCAGAACUCUGCAGCUCCUCAGUAAUGCUAUACCCCUAAACAUCCCGGCCUUAUCACUUAAACUUAUGCUACUCGGGGAAGGGGUGGGAACUAGGCCGUCCGUGAUAAAAUGAACUCAUUAGUUUAAUGAACUAUUUAGUCAUUGUGAGCAUAAGAUUCAUAGUAGUUAAUAUUGGAAAUGUUGGCACUCUUUUCAGAAUAGGCAUGUGAUGCCCACUUGGAUUUUGAGCAAAAGUAAGGAAUCAGUUUUAGCACAGGCUUGGAAAGCAAGGCAACAAUGCUGUCACUGCGCUCACCACGACGGUAGUGACUGAAGCAGCUCAUCUUUAUUGUGCAACUCCUGUUAAGUGUGGAGUUUGGGGUUUUUUCUUACAGCAUUGUAUUUUUGUCUGCCAUGAUAAUGGAUGACAAAACAAACUGGAAUGUUUUAUGAUGUCUAACAAUUGAUUUUGCUUUCCAGCAAUUCCCAUGUGUUAGAUUUAUACUUAGUCUUUUUUUUUUUUUAAAGCACUACAUGUGUUUUCACUAUGUAAUUUCUUGGUUGAACCCUUCCUUUAGUCCAUUUCUCAUAGAUUUAGGAGUGUGAAGAUGUAUUUUGCACAGUACUUCUCCAGUCUAUCGUAACAGCCCCCUACCUGCAUCCGGUUCUUAUCAUCUUGAUCGAGUUGGUUCACAACCACAUUUGAACGUCAGUCCCAACUAACUUAUCAGGUUCACUGGUACAUAAAUACCUAGGAAAUAUUUUUCCAGUCUACAAUUGGGUGGUGCUAUUGUGCAGUCAUUAAUAGUACUCUUGCCAGAAGAGAAACCCUGUUAAUGUUAACUUCCUGCUAAUAUCCUUUCCUAGUUAUUUGUUCUUUGCAAAUUGAAAGGAAAAAAAAAGCCACUGAGAGAAAGAAAAACAUUGUAGAUAUCUAUUUAUAUUUAAGGUUUACAUUUCCUGACCUUCAGCUGCUGGGUUCUGGAGGGAUGACAACUCAGAAGAGGGUGUGCAGAGCAGUUCGGUCUGUGCCCCUGCGCGACGGGUUGAGGGUGGAGAACAGGCUGCAGCCUAGAAUGCUAUUUUGAGAUGUACGAUAUUCAGUUCAUUCACCUGAUCACUUUGGUAUAUCGCAGCGCAACUGUAUAUAUUGUAUAACCUAAAUUGAUUCUUAUUUUCAUUGUCCUUAAUGCAGUGAUUUAUAAUUAGAGCAUGUUUAAUAAGCUUACUCUUGUUAACUAGUCAUUUGACUGGAAAAAAAAUAAAGUACUUUUAAAUGG